GUGCAGAGGUAAACAAAAGAAUUAAACAAAUCCGGGAUCAAGUGUUGGCAGACAGCAAGUUUAACCCUCUUCUGGUCUUUGAACUGCUGCUGAAUAUAGCACAGUUUGAAUUUAAACUCAAGGAGAGGGAGCAGAGAGGAUGCAAGGAACUUAGUGAAGUGUAUUCUGGGACCAAGCCACUGACAAGAGUAGAAAAAAAUGAUAAUCUCCAGGCUUGGUUUGGUGAGAUGAGCAAGCAGAUAAAUUCUUUAGGCUACGAUGACUCAACAUCUGCCGGGCGUAAGAUUGUUCAGCUUAUCCAGGCAUUAGAAGAGGUUCAGGAGUUUCAUCAGCUUGAGAGCAACCUGCAGGUUCGGCAGUUCCUGGCAGAUACAAGGCAGUACCUUCAUCAGAUGAUCAGAACUAUCAACAUCAAGGAGGAAGUUCUCAUUACCAUAGAGAUUGUAGCAGACCUGUCUUAUGCCUGGAACAUAAUGGAUAGUUAUACAGAUUACAUGCAGCAAGGAAUUAAGAGAGAUCCCACCCUGGUUAUAAAACUGCGAGCAACAUUUCUGAAGAUGGCCUCGGCCUUGGACCUUCCUUUGAUGAGGAUCAACCAGGCAAGCAGUCAGGACCUGAUGAGUGUGUCUCAGUAUUACUCCGGGGAACUGGUGGCUUAUGUGAGGAAGGUUUUACAGAUUAUCCCACAGACUAUGUUCAGCCUGCUUGCCAACAUCAUACGUCUUUUGACGAACAGCAUCAGAGAAGUACCUACCAGACUUGAGAAGGACAAGAUGAAAGAGUAUGCCCAGCUGGAUGAAAGAUAUGAGGUUGCAAAAUUAACUCAUGCCAUCUCUGUAUUCACUGAAGGAAUACUGAUGAUGAAGACGACACUCGUGGGCAUUAUUAAAAUUGAUCCAAAGCAACUUCUAGAAGAUGGCAUACGCAAAGAGUUAGUCUCACAGGUGUCCAGUGCUCUUCAUCAUGGACUUAUGUUCAACCCAAAAGCAAAGGUAAGUGAGCUACUGCCCAGGCUACACCUGCUUGGGGAUCAGAUGGAUGGCUUCCUGAGAUCGUUUGAGUACAUACAGGACUACGUCAACAUUUAUGGGCUGAAAAUCUGGCAGGAGGAAGUGUCCAGAAUCAUAAACUACAAUGUAGAGCAAGAAUGCAACAGCUUUUUGAGGACAAAGAUUCAAGACUGGGAGAGCAUCUAUCAGUCAAAAGCCAUCCCCAUCCCACGAUACGCUCCUGUUGAUGAGAGUGUUAAUUUUAUUGGUCGGCUGGCGAGAGAAAUUCUUCGUAUAACCGACUCAAAGACAACUUGCUAUGUGGAUCAAAUGAAGGCAUGGUACGAUUUGAAAACUAAGCAGGAGAUCACCAACAGAACUCUUUUUGAGAAAAUACAUAGAGCGGUUGGCAGCUUUGGGUUGUCAGGCCUUGAUCGACUGCUGUGUUUCAUGAUAGUGAAAGAGUUGCAGACAUUCCAGCUUCAGUUCCAGCGUUCAAUCCUCAAAGACAAGUCUUGGACAGACAAUUUUUCUCAGAUCACUCGAACAUGCAGUCCUUUGCAAGGACUUAUUGGUCAGCCGCAGAGGUUUUACCAGCAAGUGAUUUCUAAAACCAACAAACUGCAUUCUCUGUUUAUGGACAUCAUCUUGAGAGUUGGCCAGAUGCAGUUACUGCGUCGUCAGAUUGCAUACGAGUUGAACACUUCUUGCAAGUUUGAUUCAAAGUUCUUAGCCAGUGCACUUCAAACAAUAAAUAUUGGUUUGUUGGCAGACAUAGAGCAGCAUUACAGAGACCCCAGCAAACCUUAUCCUAAAGAAGAGAACUCUCUCAUGUAUGAGUUAACAAAUUAUCUUGAAGCUUCAGGGUUCCAUAAUCCUCUGAGAAAGAUCUACAUCACCACACCAAGACUGCCAUUCUUCUCUCUGUUUACCUUUCUGUUGACCAUCUCACAUUUGGGCAAGCUCGUGUACGUCAGGUCGAUUGACUCCUUGACCUGUAAGAAACCCACUGAGCCGCUAGAUGCACCUCCGUUUGUUGUUGGCAUCUACACACUGCUGAAGCAAUCUCACACAGACAACACAAACCUGUUUCUGGCAUUUCUUGGGCAGUAUGUGCGCUCAAUGGUUGAGGCUAUGAACAGCACGAAGGAGCCAACUAUGUCUCAGGAUGUUUUGAAUGUGCUGGUGUUUCUUGAAGACUUCAUUUUCUACAGUGGACUUUCACGCAAGCUGGUGGAGUCCUUUGUUCCAGACUACAUAUUUGAUGAAUUUCGAGGCCAGUUUGCUCAAGGCUAA